AUGUCGUUUGCCAACAGGAUGUUCCGUAUGUCACGGGAUUUUUCUGCAAACAGUGGAAUGAAAUUUGCGUCCAAUUCAUAUGGGAAGUUAUCUUUCAAUUUCAAUACGUUCAAGCAACAGUUUAGAACAUUUCAUCGUCAAGCAAAAAGACCACACUUGAAGAACACUUCUAGAUGGAACGUAUACGACGAGCUUAAGCUAUAUUCUUAUACUUCUCAUUUGGCUUUCUUUAUGCUUCUACCUCCAAUUCUCCAGAUGUAUACAACCAAAGUUGAGGUUACCCGUGACGAUACAAUGACUGAAUCUUCAUUUAAUUCUGUGAGCUCCAGUAAUGGAAUGAUGAUUAAAAACAUAAACUUUUUGGACUUUUUAAGUUCUAGAGGCUCUGAUAUGAUGGAACUCUAUGAGAAAAACCUACCGAAACCUGCCGAGACUGUUUUUGCGGAAGAUUUUGUUCCUCAGCAUUUCACGUCUAACGUUGAUUUGGAAAGCGACAACAGAACCCGGAGAGCAGAACCACCUCAAUCCCAAACAAAGGAUGAGUUCGAUUUUUAUCUUCAGCAAUUAGAUGCUGCGUUUAAUAGUGUCAAGGCGAACUCCUUGUCGAGCGUACAAUAUUUCGACAAAAUCCAAACUAUAACAGACAGACUUAUAGGACUUACUAAAAAUGACAACUACAAGAAAGAUCGUGCGAACAACACCUUUAUGAAAAUAUUUGACCAACUGCAUCAACUACGACUUCACCAAUACGAGAUGAAGUUAUUUAGGCGAUUAUUAACUUCUGAUCAACAUACUGAGGUUAAGUUGGUAAAUAUUCGUCAGAAAAUCAUUUCGAAUUACGAAUAUGCCAAGUAUAAACAAAAUCACAACAAUAAGGUUAAAUCUAAAGCUAAAAACAUCCCAACCCAUAAAUUAAUGUUAUCCUCAUCUUGGUUGAAAGAGUAUGUUAAUAAUUUUGAAAGAUUUGCACAGCUGCUUCAACUACUAGCCACUACAAAGCAAAAUUCCAAAACAUUUUCCCAAUUGUACUAUGUAGGCCUUAAGAGUAAUGAUGUGUUUUAUAAAAUGCAAAACACUGAAAUACGUUACAGCUUGCUGAGUGUUUUACGUGGACUCGGUCAAACAAAAGAGGCAUAUGUACUAGAUAAGAAGAUAAGGAAAAUGAUGGAUACCUUUACAGUGGGCAAAAACAUUCGUUCAUGA